AUGAUGGCUGGAGGGAGAGGGCCACUUCUCACUUUGCUUUUCCUGCUGCAUUUCCUACUCCCUGAAGCCUUCAAGAUCUUGAUUCUCUCCUUCAUCGGAGGAAGCCAUUAUCUUAUGAUGGAUGAAACCUCACAAGUCCUUCAUAACAGAGGUCAUGAAGUCUGGAUGUUACUACAGACAGGCAUCCUGAUGAUCCCAGGGCGAAAAUAUGAGCGGCCCGAUACCUACCAAAUUACAACUUGGUCUGCUAGCCAGGACUACCUCAAGGAAUAUGAGAAGUGGUUUGCUGACUACACGGAGGAUUUACUGAAGGGCAGGGAGGACCUCAGCCGUUACUUGGAUUUCAUGAACCACUUGGCCUAUCAGUGUCACGUCAUACUAAACGAAUCAGAGACCCUGAAUUCCUUGAAGGAUGAAAAGUUUGACAUAACAGUGGUUGAUGGUUUUAAUCCCUGCUCCUUCUUGGUUGCAGAGAAACUAGGCCUGCCUUUUGUUGCAGUGUUUCCUGGAACUUUUGCUAAUGGACCACAAGUUGGGAUUCCUAGCACCCUGUCCUAUGUCCCAGUAUUUUAUUCCAACUAGCUGACCACUGGACUUCUGGGGCAGCGUGAAGAACUAAUGUCUCUUAUUUCAGCCAUAGUACAAAAUCAAGUCCAAACCAAAUUUGAAAAUGUCAUCAAGGAGCAUUUCCCAGCAGGGUCCAGACCUGUUUUAUCUGAGCUCUACUUAGAAGCAGAACUAUGGAUUUAUAACACUGACUUCUCCUUUGAAUUUGCACAUCUGCUUCUUCCAAAUACUGUGUAUAUUGGAGGUUUACUAGCCAAACCUGCCAAACCACUCUCUCAAGAGCUUGAAGACUUCAUAGCAAACUCAGAAGAUGGUUUUAUCAUUGUGACAUUGGGCUCAAUAUUAUCCUCAAUCCCACUCUUGGAAGUACUACAGGAGAUGAAUACUGCUUUUGCCCACCUGUCCCAAGGAGUGAUCUGGAGAUGUCAGCAUUCCAAAUGGCCCAAAGAGCUGAAAUUGGCAUCUAAUGUGAAAAUUGCAGAUUGGAUCCUUCAGAAUGAUCUAUUAGGACAUCCUAUAGCUCAUCUGCUUGUUACCCACGGGGGACUGAACAGUUUGAUGGAAUCUAUCUAUCAUGGGGUCCCUGUUGUGGGAAUACCCCUUUUUGGAGACCAGCAUGACAACAUGGUUCGAGUGGAGGCCAAAAAUAUGGGCAUUGCUCUCCGAAUAGACCAGCUUAAAGCUGACAAAUUCACUCGCCCAAUGAAGCAAGUUAUAGAAGACAAAAGGUAUAAAUCCGCAGUGAUGUCUCUGAGCACAAUUCAUCACUCCCACCCGCUCCUGCCAGAUCAACGCCUGGGACGAUGGAUAAAGCAUGUCCUCCAGGCAAGGGAAGGAGCUCACCUCCAGCCUUACACCUUUCAGCAAUCCUGGUAUCAUCAAUACUUACUGUAUGUUUUGUUGUUCCUGUCAGCGUCUGUCCUGGGGGUUAUCUACCUUUGUGUUAAGCUCGUAAGAACUGCUGUCUUCAGGAUCCGCAGUUCAGGGAAACAGAAACAAACAUAAUUUGAAACAUUGCAUAUUUGGUUAACACCAUCAUUUUAAAAAUGAGAAGCAGC